CAGUCUGUGUGGCUGGAGCGGCACUGCAGAGAAUAUACACAGGCUGCGUGUUGUUUUUCCUUCCGCGCGCCAACACCCCGGGAGAAGCCACAACAAAUAGACCAAACAAAUACGUUUUAGACAGUUAUUAUAGUAAUAUAAGGGCAUCGCAAUUUGUAUCAUACGCAAGAAAGAUGAGUCACGAAUGAGGUCUUCAGGAUGUCGUUCAAGAAGGAGACUCCCCUUGCUAACGCCGUGUUUUGGGCAGCUCGUAAGGGGAACUUGGCCCUGCUUCAAUUACUGCUCAACAGUGGUCGUGUGGAUGCCGACUGCAGAGACAGUUUUGGCACCACAGCCCUGAUGGUGGCGUCCUACAGUGGCCACUAUGACUGUGCCAGGGAGCUGAUCAUGCAGGGAACUGACAUUAACCUGCAGAGAGAGACAGGCUCCACUGCCCUCUUCUUGGCUUCCCAGCAGGGACACAAUGAAGUAGUGAAGCUGCUCUUUGAAUUUGGUGGCUCAACUGAAUUCCAGACAAAGGAUGGUGGCACAGCCCUCUCUGCAGCCUGCCAGUAUGGCCACUCUAAGGUGGUGGACACUCUGCUGAAGAACGGCGCCAAUGUCCAUGAUCAGCUGCAUGAUGGUGCCACUCCACUCUUCCUUGCUUCCCAGGAGGGUCAUGUGACUGUCAUACGUCAACUUCUGUCAUCUGGAGCCAAAGUUAACCACCCUAGGGAAGAUGGCACAGUCCCCCUGUGGAUGGCAGCCCAGAUGGGACACAGUGAAGUAGUGAAGGUUUUACUUCUGCGUGGUGCAGAUCGGGAUGCUGACAGAAAAGACGGGUCAACUGCACUAUUCAAGGCAGCUUUCAAAGGACACAACACUGUCAUUGAGGAGCUCCUCAAGUUCUCCCCUUCAUUGGGCCUUCUCAAGAAUGGUUCCACAGCCCUCCACGCUGCUGUCAUGGGUGACAAUCAUAAAAGUGUAAACCUUCUGCUGGGGGCCAACGCAGACCCCACACUACCCAACAAGAACAAUGAACUGCCAGCAGAUCUUACAAAGAGCAAUCGUAUCCUGAGGGCUCUGCGACCUCACAUCUUAAAUGGAAGUAGUUGAUGACAACCCUAGUUGUCCAUGGUUAGACCAUGACCACAAACCUUAGACUAUGGUUGUUUUGUGGAGAGAAAUGCACUGAGGGCUCCGAACAACAGAACAAACCAACAGGAUUCAGUCACACAACAAUAAUAUUAAUAUGGUGCUUGUUUUCAAUUGCAGCUUCAGACAAUGUUAUUUGGAGUUACCAUAACUGGAUAUAGCUAAAAGGAUGGUUAUAUAUGUAGCCUACUACAAAAAUGCAUCAGUUUGUGGCAAUAGUUAUUUUGCCAUGUGUGCCCUUAUCUUUGAGGUGUUAUAACUUUGCUGUAUAGUUUCUGUUUAUAAAAUGUUUUAUCCCUGGUGCUGUAAUAUUUCUAAAUAUUUAGCCUUUUCUUUCUUCCAUAUUAAUAAAUGUAAACUGUAAAUGUGUUAAAUAAAAUAGGAAUGUGAAAUAA